AUGAUCAAGCUGGGCGAGACCGAAAUGCAGGUCCUGUCGCAGAGUCCUUCGCCUCGUGGUACGGAGCUGUCCGUGAUGUUCUACGAGGGGCCGUUUGCUGGACACAAGGUGACAGUACCCGCAGCUGGAAUCACCAUCGGCAGGGUGUCCGACAACACCCUGGUCCUUCUGCAAGAUGGAACUGUAUCAGCUCAUCAUGCCAUGCUCUUCCACGAGAACAGCAACUUCUUCAUCCAGGACCUGGGCAGCUGCAAUGGCACCUGUGUACGACUGAGUGAAGAGCGAAUCAGCAGCGACUGGCACCCCAUCAUGGAUGGGGACGUGCCCGACUUAGCUGGGAUUUGGCGUGCAAGUUCGCCGCUAAAGCCUUCCAUCGCAGUGACUUCUUUCGGCUUGAUGUGGAUCAAACUCCGGAUGCUCGUGCGGCUACGUGAGGAUAGUGAGUAA